AUGGCUUCCGACUCUGAGCUGCCGGAGCAGGAGGAGGAGCUGAGCGCUGAGGAGGAGAUUGGCAGCGAUGAGGAAGAGGAGCGGGGCAGCAGCGCGGAGGAGGGCAGCGAGGAUGAGGACGAGGAGGAGGGCAGCGAGGAGGAGGAGGGCGGCAGCGACGACGACGAGUCGCCCACCGCCCGGCGGCGGCCGCGCAAGAAGCACAAGGCGUUUGUGAUUCCGCCGCCGCGCGCCCUGCCGCAGCGCACCACGCGCGGCGGCCGCAUGGGCCAGGUGGCGGCGGAGGAGGGCGACGAGGAAUUCUGGAACCAGGAGUUUUUCGCGGAGGAGGCCAACGACGAGCGGUACGAGACGGAGUCGGAGCCAGAGGACCGCUUUGACGCAGACUUCCUUGAGUCGGAGCAAGAGGGGGACGAGGAUGAGGAGGCUGCGGAGGCGGAGGCGGAGGCUGUUGCCAAGGAGCCCAAGCGCAAAGUGCUGAAGCCGCCGGGGUACAAGAAGCCGCCGCUGCCCAAGCCGCGGCCCAGGGCGGGGGAGGGGGCGGGCGGCGGCGCCAAGGCCGCCAAGCCCAGGCAGCAGCGGCCCUCCAUCGGGCCCGAGGACUUCUCCGUGCUGGUGGCGAUAGAGGAGGAGACGAGGAAGAAGGCGCAGGUGCAGAAGAAGCGGUAUGCGGGGCCCAUGGUGCGGUGGAAGUCGAGGAAGGUCGGGCAGGCAGAGAUGAGCACGCUGGAGGUGCGCAACAUGGCGAUGCCGGAUGAGAUGCGGGCGCAGGUGGCGCCGCCGCCCGCGCCGCGCCUGCUGUGCGCCGUCACCGGCCAGCCCGCUCGGUACCGCGACCCUCACACCGGCCUGCCCUAUGCCAGCCUGGACGCCUACCGCGAGCUGCAGCGGCGGCGGGAGGCGGGGCUGCUGGCCGUGCCGGCCGCGGCGGCACCGUUUGCGCUGCAGGGGCUCGGAGGGCAUGCGGCGGUGGCGGCGGCGGCAUGCAUGCCGGUGCGGCAGAGCGCGCGGCAGGCGGCGCAGCUGCCUGCCGCCGGGUUCCUGCAGCAGCAGCAGUUUGUGCAGGUGCAGCAGCCGCUAUACCAGCCGCAGAUGCUGAUGCAGCAGCCCCUGCAACAGUAUGGCGCCUCGCCGGCGCGGCAGCAGCAGCAGGCGGUGGCGUUCGCCUCACCGGCAGCAGCAGCGGGGGUCACAUGA